CUUAUUUCUCUCGUAUAUCGAACACGAUCCCGUAACCUCAAGCAUUUAGAUCCAUUCGAAAGGCCCAUUGUCCAGCCAUGGCCGAGAUCGUCCCAAGCUUCUCUCGCUAUACUUCACUAGCAACUCACACACCAACUGGUGGUCAUGCAGUCGAAGUAAAAGUUAUCAUAAUCCCGGCUGACGGCUCUGCGCCCUAUCUACGUCAUCUCAUGACCCGCGACGUAAGCAGUCAAGGCAACAUGGAUCGAUUCCUUUAUCAUGUACCAGACAUGCAAUACUCCUGGGGUUACUCAGAAGGGUGGCAAAGUCGGGAUAUUGAGCGGGUUGAAAUCAAAGGUCACGGAAAUCCAAGUGUCAACGGCGUCUACUACGGCUUCAAAUGUUUCAAUUUCGACCUACCAAGGAACAAGCACAUCGAGUGGGGCGUGUGGGGCGAUGCUUGUAUUGCCAAGAUGUCUGAGGAAAGAUACGCUGGAAGGGGUGUCAGAGUUUUCAAGAUGAAUGGAGAAGACGUUAUGGAUUUCAAGAAUGAGUUUAGUCAGUAUGCGAACUAUGAUGAUAUUGAUGAGGAUAUCAUCAAGACAGGGCUAUGGAAGGGUAUAUUGGAAAGAUUGUCGAAAGUAUAGGCGGGCGACGCUACAUGCCAUUAUUUUUAAUAUCCUUGAGAUACAUAUAUCCUACGAAGCGUUGAAUGCUAUCUUUCUCUGAUUAUUAUUCGAGGACAGCAGUUGGAACAAUGUGGGUCUCUCCUCUACUGCUAACGUUGAACCGAACAUUCCGACUCAACAAUGUCUGUCCCAACAAGGGAUUCUCACUGGAAACUAUUCCUCGUCGGAGGCCACACCUGCCAACCCUCAAGACAGAAGAUGCUCCUAUUAUCGCUAGUAAGGAACGGGGCGUAGUAACUCCAAUUUCCCGUGGCAUCGUAUUCCUCAUAUACAUAUGUCGAAUACGUAAUCU